UCAUCAGUUGGAAACCCUAGCCGCUACGAGCUUCAAGAGCGACCGGACGGCGGCUAACUCUAGACCUACGACGGAAAGAUGCAGAUCUUCGUCAAAACCCUAACGGGGAAGACGAUCACCCUCGAGGUGGAGUCCUCUGAUACAAUCGACAACGUUAAGGCAAAAAUCCAGGAUAAGGAGGGCAUUCCGCCAGAUCAACAGCGCUUAAUCUUCGCCGGGAAGCAGCUUGAGGACGGCCGUACCCUCGCCGAUUACAAUAUCCAGAAGGAAUCGACGCUUCACCUCGUUCUCCGCCUCCGUGGGGGUGCCAAAAAGCGCAAGAAGAAGACAUACACCAAACCCAAGAAGAUCAAGCACAAGAAGAAGAAGGUUAAGCUCGCCGUGCUGCAGUUCUAUAAAGUUGGUGAUACUGGAAAAGUGGUGCGCCUGCGCAAGGAGUGCCCCAGCGCUGUGUGCGGAGCGGGGAUUUUCAUGGCGAACCACUUCGAUCGGCAUUACUGUGGCAAGUGCGGUCUGACCUUCGUCUAUCAGAAGCAAGGUGAGUGAUGGCUACUCUUGCCUUAUUUCACACAUGAAGUAGAAGAGAUGUUUUGAUAUAACUUGUGAGAUUGUUGGAAAUAAAUGUUGAUGGAAGAGAUUUUUUAACAUUUCCAUUUAAGUUUUGCUUUAUAGGGAUUCAAGUUAAAUUGUUUUGAUCGAACAAUUCAUAGGGUGCCUUGUUAAGUUUUAUCUUCCCUUGUCUUAUUGGGAGUUAAGGAUCUAGUUAUCUUUCAGUAUCGUUCAUGUUGCUAUUUUUGAUGCUGAUAUUUGCUCAAUGUAGUGAUGCUGAUAUUUGCUCUGG